AAGUAGCCUUGUAUCAGCGCCCAAAUUUGAACUCCCAAAAAGAUGGUUGUUCCGGCCAUUGCAGUUGUUACGGUGAUACCCAAAACGGGUGAAAAAAUUCCUGAAGGACACGUCAUCACUUUGAAGUUCGCUAGCAACGAUCUGAAUAACGAAAAUGAAAAGCCGAUGAUCGAAGGCAGGGCUGAAGUGCAGGGCAGGAGAAGCAAGUCGGAGUCCCACAUGUAUGUGGCCAAAAUUGAAGUUGAGGAUAAUUUUGGGGAGAUUGGUGCUGUGAUUGUUGAAAUCCCUGAGAAUUUGGAUGAGAAGUACAUCGAGACUGUAUCUCUUAGCUUCUCACCAUCUCGCUCAACUAUCUUCAGCUGCAACUCAUGGGUUCAACCCAAAAAUCUUAUUCCUGACCCAAGAAUCUUCUUUUCCACUAAGCAGUCAUAUUUGCCUGCACGCACACCACCGGGGCUGGUGAAACUGAGGAACGAAGACCUCGAGAAUCUGAGAGGCAAGAGAGGCGAAAAAGAUGGAGAAGAAGAAGAAGAUAUGAACGAGCGUCAUGCGUUUGAGAGGAUUUACAACUACGACGUGUACAACGACCUCGGAAAUACUGAUGAGGACAUGGAGCUGAAAAGGCCUGUUCUGGGUGGUCCAGGCCGUCCUUACCCUCGGCGUUGUAGAACUGGUCGGCCUCCAUCUGCACGAGAUCCACAGUCAGAGAAAAGGAGUAGUGCGCCGUUCUAUGUUCCACGCGACGAAGCAUUCUCAGAGGUAAAGGAGGCAUUGUUCACCAAGAAACCGGUGACACCGACGCCUACAUUAUUGGGAACCAAAUCAUUUGACAACUUCGCUCAGAUUGACUUAAUGUUCGGAGAUGGCAUCAAACCCCCAAACCCACCCCCACCCCCACCCCAACCCCAACCCCAACCCUCAGGAAAAUCCUCAGUCUUUGGACUUGUUGAAGGCAUUGAUUACUUGCCGCCAGUUUCCUACGAGAAUCCUUAUGCUUCUGAUGAUCAUAACGACGACGAGAAGAAAAAACCGUCUGAUGAUUAUGACGACAAAGACCCUAAGUCUGAUGAUAAGGAAAAGGAAAAGAAAAUACAGCCGCCAGCUGUCAUAAAAUUCGAACCACCGGAAUGCAUGAAAAGAGACAAGUUCAUUUGGCUGAGUGAUAGUGAAUUUGCAAGACACACACUUGCCGGUCUCAAUCCUUACGGUAUUCAGCGGGUCAUGAGUUGGCCGCUGACGAGUCAGCUAGACGAGAAUGUCUAUGGACCUAAACAAUCAAUAUUGGACUCCAACCUGAUUAACAAAUUAAUCGGAAUUACUGGCAUGACGGCUGAAACGGCAGUAAGAGACAAGAAAUUGUACAUACUGGAUUACCAUGAUACUUUAAUGCAAUUUGUAAAGAAAGUUAGAAGCGUUAAGGGCACGACGCUGUAUGGAUCAAGGACAUUGUUCUUCCUAAACUCAGAUGAUAACACUUUGAGGCCGCUGGCUAUUGAGCUGAGUCGGCCCCCCAUGAAUGGGAAGAAGCAGUGGAAGCAAGGCUUCUCACCUAGCACCACAGAUGCAACACAAAACUGGCUAUGGAGGCUGGCCAAAUCCCAUGUUCUUGCCCACGAUUCUUGUUUUCACGAACUUAUUGUUCACUGGCUUAGAACUCACUGUGCUGUAGAGCCGUAUAUAAUUGCUACGAACAGACAAUUAAGUACAAUGCAUCCAAUAUAUAGGCUAUUGCAUCCUCAUUUUCGGUUCACCAUACGUAUCAACUCAAACGCUCGAGAAAUCCUCGUGAAUGGUGGAGGGAUCAUUGAGAGCACAUUUUCAACUGCAAAAUAUUCGAUGGAACUUAGUUCCUUGGUGUACGAGAAGGAUUGGAAAUUUGAGUUGCAGGCACUGCCCGAGGACCUAAUUCACAGGGGAAUGGCGGAACGUGAGGGGAAUGGUGUUAAGUUAAACAUCCAAGACUACCCUUUCGCAAACGAUGGUCUGUUGUUAUGGGAUGCCCUCAAAGAAUGGGUUUCGCAAUAUGUGAGGCACUAUUAUCCAGGUGAUCAGGCAGGCGAUGUUCUGGUGCAGAAUGAUAAAGAGAUCCAAAAGUGGUGGACAGAGAUCAAAGAAAAGGGGCAUCCGGACAAAAAGGGAGAAGGUAUGUGGCCGAAUCUUACAACCCGGGAGGAGCUCAUUAACAUAGUGACGACGAUUGCAUGG